CGGGCCUCUGGGCCCGGGGCGGCUCCAGCGGGUGGUCAUUGCUGGUUCCUGACGCGGCGGCCGUGGUGGCAGCGCUGGCUGCUGCCUGCCUCACCGUCGCAGUUUGUCACCGCCGCACUGGAGUGGCUUUGCCGGAGCAGAAAUGUUGCCGCCACCGCCCAACCUGGGCCUGUUCUUCCUUGUGCUGGGCUCGAUCUGCGCCGUCUUGGAAUUUGUGGCGCAGGCCAACUCGGCAACAGAUACUCUGAAUGUCCUUCUCAUUAUCGUGGAUGACUUGCGCCCCUCCCUGGGCUGUUAUGGAGAUAAACUAGUGAGGUCCCCAAACAUAGACCAGCUGGCAUCACACAGCCUCCUCUUCCAGAAUGCCUUUGCACAGCAAGCAGUGUGUGCCCCAAGCCGAGUGUCCUUCCUCACCGGGCGGAGACCUGACACCACCCGCCUAUAUGACUUCAACUCCUACUGGAGGGUGCAGGCUGGGAACUUCUCUACCAUCCCCCAGUACUUCAAGGAGAAUGGCUAUGUGACCAUGUCGGUUGGAAAAGUCUUUCACCCUGGCAUAUCAUCCAAUCAUAGUGAUGAUUCUCCGUAUAGCUGGUCUUUUCCACCUUAUCAUCCUUCCUCUGAAAAGUAUGAAAACACUAAGACAUGUAGGGGGCAAGAUGGAGAACUCCAUGCCAACCUUCUUUGCCCUGUGGAUGUGGAAGAUGUGCCUGAGGGCACCUUGCCUGACAAACAGAGUACUGAGCAAGCCAUACAACUGUUGAAAAAGAUGAAAACAUUGGCCAGACCUUUCUUUCUGGCUGUUGGAUACCAUAAGCCACAUAUCCCAUUUAGGUACCCCAAGGAAUUUCAGAAAUUGUAUCCCCUGGAGAAUAUCACCCUGGCUCCUGAUCCUCAGGUCCCUGAUGGCCUACCCCCUGUGGCCUACAACCCUUGGAUGGACAUCAGGCAGCGAGAAGAUGUCCAAGCCUUAAACAUCAGUGUGCCCUAUGGCCCAAUUCCUGUGGACUUUCAGCGGAAAAUCCGUCAGAGCUACUUUGCCUCUGUUUCAUAUGUGGAUACACAGGUUGGCAGCCUUCUGAGUGCUUUGGAUGAUCUUCAGCUGGCUAACAGCACCAUCAUUGCAUUUACCUCGGAUCAUGGUUGGGCUUUAGGUGAACAUGGAGAAUGGGCCAAAUACAGCAACUUUGAUGUCACUACCCGUGUGCCCCUGAUGUUCUAUGUUCCUGGGAGGACAGCUUCACUUCCAGAGGCGGGCAAGAAGCUUUUCCCUUACCGUGACCCUUUUGAUUCCAUCUCAGAACCAGUGGAUCCAGGCAGGCAAACCAUGGACCUCGUGGAACUUGUGUCUCUCUUCCCCACGCUCACUGGACUUGCAGGCCUACAAGUCCCACCUCGCUGCCCCAUUCCUUCAUUUCAUGUUGAGCUGUGCAGAGAAGGCAAGAACCUUCUGAAGCAUUUUCAGUCCCAUCACUUGGAAGAGGAUCUGUACCUCCCUGCUAAUCCCCGUGAAUCAGUUGCCUAUAGCCAAUACCCCCGGCCUGCAGACUUCCCUCAGUGGAAUUCUGACAAGCCAACUUUAAAAGAUAUAAAGAUCAUGGGGUACUCCAUACGUACCAUAGACUAUAGGUAUACUGUAUGGGUUGGCUUUACUCCUGAUGAAUUUCUUGCUAACUUUUCUGACAUCCAUGCAGGUGAACUGUAUUUUGUGGAUUCUGAUCCACUGCAGGAUCACAAUAUGUAUAAUGAUUCUCAUGGUGAAGAAUUCCUGCUGUCAUUAAUGCCUUGACUUUUAUAAAACAACUGCAGAAGUCAAAUAUAAUAUGUUCCCUUCCAGUUGGUGAGACUAAUUAGAGCUGGUUACACUGUGAUUACCCAUGGUAUUGGAAGCAACCUGAGGGGCAUAGGUAAUCAAAACAUGCAUCAACAAUUUGGCCUAAAAAUUAAUUUUUGUUAAAAUUUUUUAAUUUAAAUUAAUUAGUAAUUGGACUGGGGCUGGAAUGAACCUUUUUUUUUCUUUUCUUAAACCUGUCGUAGCUUAUUUUGUGAAUGAUUAAGUACAAAGUGAACAAACUAAAAUUGUGUCAUAUCUUUCAUUAUCAAGACUGUAAUAACUAUAUUCAAGAAAUAUUUUAAACAUUUGUAUUAUUUAGUGUAUUUCAAAAAGUAACCGUGUAUCAGAUUAGGUUCUACCCUAAGUUCCUGUUUAUUUUGCUUAUAAAUUAAUAUAUUCUGUGUAGCCUAAUAUAUUCAAAAUAUAUCAUAUCCAUAUUUCUUUUUUCAAAUAUGAAGUUAAUGAUAAUAAUAGAAGCCCAUGACUUAAAAUGUGUUUUAGUUUUUGUUUCUGAGACUCCAAGAUUUUAGAUUCCAAAGACAAAAUAUGCAUGAAGUGAUUGGCAUGUAAUUUCUACAUCAAAUAAUAAGUAAUGCUCAGUAAACUAGAGGCAUGAGAUGGGUGCGAAAUUCAGUUAAAUUUUUUUAGAUACCUUUUGGCCCAAAUAAUUUGUUAGCAAAGUGAAUUCAAUGACGACUUACAAAUAUACACUGUUAUUCAUGGUGAAGAGCAUUUCAAGUGUAAUUAUAUCUAUAGAUUUAAUCAUUCAAAAUCAUAUCAGUGUUCUUUGGGAUAGUUGGUUACAUACAUUCAUUUAUCAAGGAGGCAGAAAAUAUUCUACUUGUAAUUGCUUAUUAAAUAAAACACCAGUUUUACUAAAUUCUAAAUUGAGAAUUGUGAAAACUUUUUUUUUUUUGACAGGCAGAGUGGAUAGUGAGAGAGAGACAGAGAGAAAGGUCUUCCUUUUUGCCGUUGGUUCACCCUCCAAUGGCCGCUGCGGCUGGCGCAUCGCGCUGAUCUGAAGCCAGGAGCCAGGUGCUUCUCCUGGUCUCCCAUGCGGGUGCAGGGUCCAAGGACUUGGGCCAUCCUCCACUGCCUUCCUGGGCCAUAGCAGAGAGCUGGCCUGGAAGAGGGGCAACCAGGAUAGAAACCGGCACUCCAACCGGGACUAGAACCUGGUGUGCCGGUGCCGUAAGGCGGAGGAUUAGCCUGUUAAGCCACGGCGCCGGCCUGUGAAAACUUUUAAUUAGUAUAAUUGACAUUUCAAUCCUACAGAAUGUAGUCCUAUAUUCCUGAAAUAUGAAAGUAACCAGAAAUGCAGGAGGCAGUAAUAAGGUUAGUCUAUAUCAUCUUAAAAGGGAUGGAAUAUUUACAACUCAUGACAUGUUAAAGCUGUUCCAUUGUCAGUAGUUACCAAGAGAGUCAACAGCUAUCUAAACAAAUGUCUAAUUUAGUCAGGCCUGUAUUGAAAUAAGUAGUUGUUACAUAAACACCUCAAGGUAAAUGUUUGUGAAACAAGAUACAAUAAAUUUGAUUAAGUUUCUGCAAUAUAUUAAGUUGUAACCCAAAAAGACAAGGUGUUAUAUUAAAAUCAGUAAAACUUUAAGACAAUUUUUAAAAUAAAUUAGCCUCUAAUAGCAGUAUAUAUACAAUGAUCUCAGAAGUUGCUGGCCACAUUUUUUGCUUGACUGAAGGCCCUGUUCAUUUCUCAUGAUCCUGAAGCUGUCACUCUUCUGAAAGCCUCAACAUUUGUAGACAGUUUCCCUCAACUUUUUUCUUUCUCAUUGUUCAUCAUCUAUAUUGCUCUUGUCUUCUCUGCUAUCACUUGACAAUACAACCUAGGUGUUCCUCCUGACACAUUUUCAGUGUAUUUAGCUUUAUCACCUACUCCCUAUUACUUAGAUUGAUAAGUUUUCACACAAAUUUGUAUGUCACAUCCAUUCAUUUGCUUUUUCCUAGUUGGCUACAAACACAUACUUCAUCAUUUUUUUUCUUUAUUUUUAAAGCACAGUUUUAGUAUCAGAAACCUCCAAAUUCUGCUCUUGGUGAAGUCAUAAGCCGAGCUGUGUCAGAAGAGAGUAAGGGAGGCACCUAUGAUGUGCAGCUGCCAGGUUAGCAGUGAGUCUGUGAUGCUUGUUGGCCAGCUGUGAGUUCUUAUUCCCUUGUGUGACCAAAGCUACAUUCAGGUCUCAGUCUCCAUGAGGUGCAUCUAUAGAUCUGUCUCUACUGGAAGCACUUUUGUCUCAUGUGUUUUACCAUGAGAGUAUAGUUUCGGAAUGCUUAGCUCUCUUUAGGUUUUAGUUUUUCUUGGCCUUCCUUUACAUAUUUCUCCUUCUAGUAUCAAAGGUUACAUUUCCACUUCAAUGGCAUGUUCUAAAUAAUCUUAUAAGUUACAGUUGCUUUUUGUGUUUUUUAUACUGAACACAAUUUAGAGCCAUUUUUGUGUUCUUUUGCAUAUCUCUAACACAUAUUAGGAUGAGCAACCACUUUCAGGCUUUCAGAUAUCAAAAUGAAUGAAAUUCCUUCUCUUUUCUGGAGAAAACACAUGUUUGUCAUUUCAUAUAACUUUUCCCGAAUACCACUGAACUGGGUGUAUUUUAUUAGUGACUGUCCAGUCACUGUGUGGAGAAAUUUCCAGUUCCUCUGAGCAGGGGUUCUUUUAUCUAAUUUAGUUGAAGCCAGAGCUGUGAUCCCACACAUUCUGUGUAAUUCUAGUUAAGUGGUUCAUGAACAAGAGAGCACAUCAGAAGCACCUGAAGGGCUUGUUGGACCCCUUUGGGCUGGGCCCUGCAGACAGAGGUUCUGAUUCAACAUGUAGGGUACAACCUACUCUCAAGCUGUAAAAUGAUGCUGCUACUCCAAAAACCACACUUUGACAAUCAGUGCUCUAGGUCUGUGUCCACUUGGUAGCUGCCAGGAACAUGUGGCUAUUUAAAUUAUAUGAAGUAAGAUUUAAGAAGACGAUUCUCUAUCAUCUCAUAUUUUGAGUGCUCAGCAACCACAAAUCUAAAACAUUUCUAUCAUGACAGAAAGCUUGAUUGAACAGAGCUGCCCUAGAUUGUCUCCAGAGUUGAUCUGGAUGCACUAGCAGUUCCUCCUGUGAGCUGUUUUCCUAUCCUGCAUUUACCCACAAAGACUUGUCCAGAAGUGAGCUAAGUGUGUUUGAUUUAGGCAUAGAGUAUGGAGUUCACUAAGGCAGUCAGCCUCUUUCUCUACUCCCAUCAUCAUUGCCUCAGUCCUUCUCCCAUCCUUCCUAAGUAGUUCCCCUUCCCCUCCUUGUUCCUCCCCUGCUCCUAAAGGAAUCCAUGUGUCUUCCUAAAGUCCUCUUUGAUCCUUCCCUUUAAAAACACCGUCAGUGCCUACUAUGGGUCUAGAUAGACCUCCGCUGAGCAGUCAGAGUCUUCCCUGGCUCCACAAUGCCCCUUUCCUUGGCUGACCAGUUUGCCUACUGGUCCCUAACUCUCCCUAGCCAAUCCGUGCCUCCCUGCCCACUUCUAGGUUUUACCGCCCCCCUCUUCCCUCAUCCAUUCAUAACCAUCUUCACAACCAGCUCCCAUACCACUCUACCAAGAGGCUGAGGCUCUUGUGACACUUGACAGUAUUGUGGGAUGAAAUGAAUGUUACUAAAGAAUCUGUGUUUACCUUCUUGAAAAACGGUAUUUUUUUCUGAUUAUCAAUUGAUGUGUUAAUUAUAGAGAAACUGGAAAACAGAAAUGUAGUAAAAGGAGAGAAAAUGCAUGAAUGUUUUAUCCUGAGAUAGUCACUAAUAUCUUGUCCUUUUGGGAGGAAUGAAUUUUUUAUGCUGUGAUCUUACUAUGUUCUGUAUCAUGUAAUUUGUGUUCUUUUUCACAGUAUUAUGUGUGGUUAUUACAGACUUUUGUGAAGAUACUUUAUAUUGCUGGUAAUACUAUAUAGUUUUAUUGAAAUUUAUGUAACCUUCUUUCAAUUGUUGGAAAUUUAGGUUAUUCCCAGAUUAUCAGUAUUAUAAAUAAUGAUGUGAUGUCAACUUUGUGAAUAAAAGUUUUGUAUGUAUUUGAAAUUAUGCACUUAGGAUACUCUCUCAGUGCCAAGUUUGUCGAAAAGAUCUUCAUUUUGUUCCUUUCCUCGCUCUAUUGCUACCUUAGGGUAGUAAAGCUAAAAAAUAAAGUAAAAGCAUACAAAUAAAACCAUAAACAAAAUAACCCUAUAGUAAUAGGUGAAAUCGGUAACCUGUUUUAACUUCUAAUUCUUUUUUAGUGACCUUGAUCAUUGUUCCUUCUGUAUGAUUUUUGGGCAUUCAUAUUUCCAACUAUGUGAAUUUGCCUUUAAAUUUUGUUAAUGGUUUUUUACUUUUUAAAGUAAUCAAACAAAUUGA